AUGAUAGACAUCGGGGUGGUGCUGAUGGUGUCCUUCGGUGACUUCGAUACAGAAUCACCCUUGAAAAUCGACGAUGAUUUCGACGAGGCAACUGUCAUCCCUCCCAAUGCCAAACGUCUCUUAGUUUGGGCCAAAACCCCAAUGCAGCUGGUUUUACGGCAGUCUCUGGAGACAAAGACAGAGAAGACGGCAACAAUUAUCCAGAUCACAUCCACCCUCAGUUUGAUGAUCAGGCCCAUCUGCACUGGAAGAAGCCUGGCGCCUAUCUGGUGCGGCGCUUCUUCUUAG